UAUCCCAUUUACGCUGGUGAACGACACACAAAGAACACAAAACCAAGGCCAAGCAGAUGUAUGUCACCAAUUCGAUCCUGGAAACAGUAGUUGGGACGAUUUGUACAGAAACAAAGCUUUCAAAUAACACAGUGUCCAUUAAUUUUGCACGACUGCGCACUGGGGACCAUUAUGUGUUGGCAAAACCCGUAAUUAAAAUUAAAAUGACACGUGUUCUUGCAAUGAUUAUGCGGCCAAUCCGUUGAAACUACUUAGUUUUUACGUUCAUUCUGAAAACGUGAUCCGAUGUUGCGCGAAAUUUAGACUCUACGAGAAAUGGACUCAUGGAAAGAAACGCGCAUGGCGCACACGCUGAUGGGAAUCUAGUUAGGGAAGUUAAACUAUCACACCCUGCUUUCCAACAUGGAUACGUUUUGCUUGUCUCUCACGUAGAAAAGUUCAGACGCCACAAAGCUUAUAAAUGUUAAAGCAGCUUAUGAUGUGUAAAACUGCUUUUAUUUUUAUGAAUAAAAAAAACUACCUCUUACAUAGUUGCCUGGAGAUAUACAAGACCUGAAAUAAAAGAUUUAAAAAAAAUAAAUUUAGGGGAGGCUUUAGAGGGCCCUAAACCCGUGCUGAGACUUUGCCCCAAUUUCAACAUCUUUAUCGAUCCCCGCCAGGUUUUAUAUUUAGAGCUUAGAGAACAUUGUCAUAUUACACCAGAAUCCACAGAUCAGGGGUGUGAUCAAUGUAGACAUAACUACUAACUACAACGACAACUAUAACCAUAACUACAACUAUAACUUACAACAUCUAUAAUGCGCUUUCCACAAUGUUUCAAAGCGCCAAACUGUUCCUAGUACAUGUAUAAAAAUCAAUUUAUUGAUCAUGUCCCGAAAUGUUGAUAUCAAAUGGUUCGAUUGCUUCUCCUGUGAGUCAAACAAAAUUAGCAACGGAUGGGUGUGCGUUACGUGGGGAUAAAUCCAACUGAAGUGUGCUGAUGUCGUUUAUCACAAUAAUUAAGGUCAAGGAUUUGUCUCAACAAUCAUUUGAUAUCCUCUGGCAGAGUAUCUUUAAACCUCAUAAAUAGCCUACGUAAAUGUUAUGACAGGCACAAAUGGAAUAGUUUUUAACGUAACAUAUUAAUGAAACAAAAUGUCCAACAACAUUUUUCAAAACAUCUUUUCCGUGAAGCCGGUUUGUUCACAUGAAGUGUACUUUCGACUGACACAUAUUUAAUCAAGGCAUGACGCGAUGUACAUCAUAAUUAGAAUCCGGUCCAGUCGGGCCCAUCUGCUUGAAGAGAGACAGUCACUGCCCACGCAGGACGAAAGGAGCGCGAAACGUCUGUUGACGAAUCACAGAAAUUCUGGUCGCCAGGCUACCAUGGUGAUAUUCCAAAUUAAAAGUCCCCUUUGCGUUUCCGAGUGAAUGUCUGUCCCUGGUAUGGAAGUUUGUGCGUGACAUGAAGAGAAAAAGGCCAUAAGGGGUAGAAGUGCGUCUCCCCUUUGUGGAAACCCUCAUGGUGAGGUAGAUAGGUCUUCCAGAAUGCUUAUGCAGCCCGAGACAUCUGAGCCAAUAGUUUCCACUGAAGCAUGAAUAAACACUCAGCAGUUGGCGUGAUAAAGCACUCAAGGUUCCUUUCUACCGACGAUAACUGAUGAACUAGGUUUGAAGUCCCAAUCCGCAGGUGGUGCGCCGGCCGGGUGCACAGUCGCUUCGUUGCACCACUUUUCGUACGCCACACGGAGUACGACGCCGGUUGUGCAUGCACACUGGUUAUGAUAACCCAGACUCGGCACGGUGAAUGCUCAUAGCCGACCGGGGUACGGCAGUGCGAAGCGGGCGGAUCGGAAGAGACUUGAAAGUGGGAGUCACCGAACGGAUCGAUGGUUCCCAUGCGGGGGACCCUGCCAGCUGUAUCGGCACCGUCUAAUGUCCUCACAAGACCUCAUUGCGCUGCUUGCAUAAUCAACAGCCUCCCGGCUACUGUAGUUUAAGCCAAUAUCAUUCUCUUUCUUUCUCUCUAUUUUUCCUCUUCCUGUGUGCGCGCCCGGGCCACCCAGUUUCUAAUAUGGAUCUCUUGUUCCAGGCACUUUAGUUUUGCUCCUGUGAUCCGACCCUGAGGCUCCGUUUACUCACACUCUCAUAAAUCUCAGACGAUCAUGGCUGCAGUUUGGUACAUAUUCCAUCUCUGCUCAUAUCAAGCUUGGUGUGACCUCCGAGCGCGUUGACCAGGAAUAUUACAGGAGCGACUCGGGCCGACGCGACAAAACUGGUAGAGCUAUCUUUGGGAUCCUUUACGUUUUUGGUGGAUCUCCACUGCAAAACAUGCCCGAACGGAAAAUUAAGUUCGUAUUCGAUGACGGCGGGGGCCAUCAGCGGAAAAUUAAGAGGAACAAGCCCCAGCGCCGACAUGGAGGUGAACAGGUAUCCCACCCAACCAUGGAGAUGGAUAUUGGUCCAGGGAGGUUCGACUCCAUGGAGAAACUGUUCCUGGCUGCCGCGGAAAAUGGGGACAAGAAGGCUAUCAUGUACGCGUUGGAGAAGGCGCCGGAUCUGAAUAUCAACUGCUCGGAUAAAGACGGCCGGAGCGCACUGGUUAUAGCCAUUCAGAAUGGUAACUCAGAUAUUAUUAAGUUGCUACUAGAGCACAGCGUACAACUGGGGGACGCCCUCUUGCGGGCAGUGGACGAACAGUUUACGAAUGCCGCGCAGAUGAUUUGUGAGUACAUCAAACAGAAGAACAUCCCGGAAUUCUUGAAUUGCCGCGCGCUGAACGGCGACUUCCACCCGGACAUUACCCCGAUUGUACUGGCCUCCCAUCACAACAACUACGACAUCAUCAAGAUCCUCCUGGAGUAUGGAGCCCGGAUCGAGGACCCCGAGUUCUACGCCUUCAGCACCCAGACCCAGACGCUCCAGCACUCCCUUGGCAUGCUCAACAUCUACCGGGCCCUGGCUUCCCAGGCCUACAUCUCACUGACCAGCGCCGACCCCAUCCACACGGCCUUCGAGAUGUGCGUCAAGCUGCGUAAGCUGUCCCGUAAGAAUCCGGAAUUCUCGGAGCAGUUCGUGGAGCUGGCCGGCCAGUGCGAGCAGUUCGCGGCCGACAUCCUCGGCCACAUUCGCAACCACAAGGAGCAGACAUGUAUACUGUACCACGACCCCUACCUCUGGGGAGCGUACGUGGAGGGCAACGGAGUGGGGCCUUACAAAGUCAAGAUCGCCAUUCACUAUGAGCAGAGGAAGUUUGUAGCUCAUCCUCACUGCCAGCAGAGGCUCACACAGCUGUGGUACGAGGGUCUCCCCCGCUGGUACGAUUCCAACUGGCUCUCCUCCAGCUUCUUCUCAGCCAUAGUGGCCAUCUGCUUCCCUAUCCUCAGCAUCCUCUACAUCAUCUACCCCUGGGGCAAAGUGGGCGCCUUCAUGCGGAUACCACAUGUCCAGUUCGUCUGCCACACCUCCUCCGGUCUCUUCUUCCUGGUCCUGCUGGGUCUCCAGUCGUCGGGGGGACAAGACGAGGACGCGGACGGCAAUCCUGUGGAUUCCAGAACUCUUGAACCCACGUUUACUGAGUGGCUGGUUAUCUGCUGGGUAAUCGGUUUAACUUGGGCCGAGAUAAAAGAGUUAUGGUACUAUGGCUCGAGGUAUCUCACAGAUAGAUGGAAUAUUUUAGACUUCCUCACCCUAUCUCUCUACUGGGCAUCCAUUGCGCUCAGAGUGGUCGUGUACCUGCAGGCUCUGGAAAGAACAAAUGCAUUAAUGGCAAGCACGGCUAACACAACCAUGCACCCAAUUACGACGGACACCAUGACAAUAUGGACGCCUACCGAUGACGAAGAUGAUUUCACGCCCAGUGGGGAGUUACCGUCCAGUAUGCCCCCAGAAGUGGACUCGGAGCAUCUUCUGCAGGCAAUCCAGGAGUUGACCACUCAGAUAGAGAUCUUGAAAGAGGACCAGAAAAAUAAGGACGGAGAAAUCGCCGAUAAACUGGUACUGAUUGACGGCACUAUCAGCAAAUUGGACAGCAGGAUGGCCACGUUCAUCGAGUCCCAGGAAAACGACGGGGGCGCGUUCGGAGGAAGCACGGGCAGCCGACGGAGGACAAGCUCCGGGGAUUCGUACAUUUACACGCCAUCCGACAACCGAACGGGCAGCAGGGCAACGUGGAACAGCGAUGAUCCCAUGCUCAUCUCUGAGGGGCUCUUCGCCAUAGCCAAAGUGUUGAGCUUCUUGCGUCCCAUCAGCUUGACCGUGAUGAAUCGCCACGUGGGGCCGAUGCAAAUCUCGCUGGGCGGCAUGAUGUUCGACAUUGCCAAGUUCAUGCUCAUCUUCUUGUUUGUCCUGUUUGCCUUCUCGCUGGGUAUGAAUCAACUCUACGGGUACUAUGCCUCCGAAAUGAUUGCCAAGUGCUCCACCUGCAGAAUGUAUUUCAGUUCUCUUCCAGAAACCAUGGCCACUCUUUUCUGGGCGUUGUUCGGUCUUCCUGAUUUAGAAAUUUUGGAUUUGAAGGGCGUGCCUCAUACGUUUACGGAGGGCGUGGGCGUUGGACUUUAUGCUGUCUAUCACAUCAUAGCCAUUGUUGUUCUUAUGAAUGUAUUGAUUGCCAUGAUGAGCAACACGUACACCCGUAUUGAGGAAGAUGCAGAGAUCCAGUGGAAGUUUUCACGGUCCAAACUGUGGAUGACGUACUUUGAGGGUCGUGGGACCAUACCACCUCCCUUUAAUGCUAUCCCGACGCCCAAAACCAUCGGGUACAUCUGUAAAUGGACGUGGGACAGAAUGCACGGCGCACAAUCUCGACAGGAGAAAAAGGAGAGAAGUAAGGCUUUUAUGGAGGAAAGAGAGAAACAAUACAGGGAUAUCAUGGGCAAGUUGGUCAAACGGUACAUUUUCGACGCCAAACGCGACGACGAGGAAGGCAACCAGGAGCAGUGGGUCAACCGCAUCAAGCAGGACAUCUCCGGCUUCAAGUACGAGAUGUUCGAAGCCUUGUCCGGGAUGGACUCCAAGAUGCAGGACAUGGAACACCGGAUAGCCAACGGGCCCACCGACACCAAAGUGGGUACCCAGAUGUAUCAGAAGAUGCACGAGAUCGUCAAGAAGCCCCUGUCGCGGCCGGACAGUAUGGAGUCCGUCAAAUCCGGCUGCUCCGAGCUCUGUAAAGCCGCGUCGCAGGAUUUGCUGGACUCCAGGAACUCAGAGAUGAAUUCAAUGCCUAUUUACGACACCGGAGAGAUGGAGUCGCCCUCCACUAAGAACAGGUACAAGCCGAAGUCGCCCUCACUACCGGCAAAUAUUGCCUCUUACAUGUAUCCUCCGGAGUGGGAACGAUAUGAACCUAUUCGGUACAUUGACGAAGAUCCCGAAGUGCCAUUAUUGGGAAGUCCGCGGAACAGCAUCAGCAGUAAUAAGAAACGUGGGAGUAGUAGGCGUAAGCGCAGACACAGCACCACCCAUCUCAACCACCUCGGCAGCAUUUCACGCAAUAAUAAGGACGUUGUGGAAAACGCGUUGGAGAGCACCACUAAGGUUUGACCCAACCUCAGCUCCAACAGUAUUACUUGGCUCUCCUCUACGGCACCUCCAUGAGCGCGCAACGUGCUGAUUGACAAAACAAGAUCCCAGCCUGGAGUGGAGCACAAGUGUAGGUCAGAGCUGCCUCACUAAUAAGGAUGCAAUACCAGCAGGACCAUCGUCACUAGAUGAUUUUCUUAGUUAUUUCCGCUGAACCUUUGUAAUAAAGCAAAAUAUUGUUAAGCCACUGCUCACCUUCCCGUCUUUGGAGUGAGUUGAAUUUAUAACAGAUUUAUAACUUUGUCUCCUUGCUCCGUCAACUACAGAAAACCUUACUGUAUUCAUAUUUAUCUAAAUACUUAGCUAUUGUCCUAAAUAUUACUUGUAUUUACUGUCACAUUGUUGGUUAAUAUGUAUAUUAUUUAAUGUUGUGUCAGAUGGGAAUUAUUUAAUCAAAUUUUACAUUUUCGUUCGACAAAAAAAUCAGGUAUUAAAAUAGAUUAUUUAUUUACAGUGAAACACUGAAUUUAUCCGUGUAAUAUUUUGAAUUCUCAUAACUGUUUUGCGGCAUAUUUUUUAUAUUAUGCUGUAAUGAAAAUUUCAAGGAAAGGAUGUAAGUAGGCUGAAGAACUGACGUUUUCAAAUUGUGUCCAUAUUAUGAUUAACAAUGCGGAUUGAAAUCCCGGUUUGAUUGCUGAAAUCCAGUCACUGAGAACCUCGCAAAGAACAGGCAGCACUGUCGAACAAAUAUUUAUAUCUGUCAUAAUAACGCUGACCAGAAACGAUCUGGACCCGAUUUCAUAGAGCUGCUUAAGCACAAAAAUUGCUUAAGCGUGAAAAGACCUUGCCGAAAAAAACAAAGGUCACCAGCUCAAACUCUGUCUGAUUGUCACGCCAACCAAAAAACAACUAAAUGCGAUCCCCAAACAAAAUACAUCAAAUAGAGUUUUGGCUGGUUACCUGAUUUAUUAAGCAAAGUUUUCUCGCGCUUAAGCAAAUUUUGUGCUAAAGCAGCUCUAUGAAAUUGGCCCCAGCUUACAAUUCAAGUCAAUGCAAGCAUGCUCCUUUGACGAUCAAUAAUCAGUAUACUGCAACCUUGGUUACAGAUAUUUGUAUCUUGAUAAUACGCACGGAAUCCAUAUCGCGAAAGUCCCAUCGGUUUGUAAAUAAUUACAUGUAUUAAUGAACUUAUUGUUUGAAGAUUCCAGAGCUUUCAUGAGUGUUUGGUUCUGUGAAUUGGGCUUGACAGGUGAAAAACUUCCUAAUGAUGGAAGACAGUUGCGACGAUGGCAUGCAAUAUUAGCAUGACUGCAUGAUCACACCAGUUAUAGAGCCUCAAAUGCAUAAAAGAUAUUCCGUAUGUGUAAAAGUACAGUAGGCCUAUUUGGUCAACAAAAUACACAGCUGUUGUUCUAGUUUUGAAUAGCUUAUUUGUUGCUAAAAUAUUGAAAAGGUUCACAUUGUAAGCCAGAGUAAGUCUGUAUACCUCUUAAAUGUUCAUAAAUACCGAAAGGAAUAAGAUAUUCCUAUUGCCUAUGAGCCUGUCCAAUGACAGGUACGUUCAUUGUAGCGGGUCAGUUUAAAAAAUUAAGACUUAAAUGAGUGUGCAAAGUGUUCACAAAAUGAUACCUGCAAACGGUCCCAUGUAAAGAAAAUGGUAUACGCAUGCACACGUGAUAAAAACCACUGAAAAGGGAUUGGGUUCCAAAUGAAGGCACUUCACUGUUUUUGAAGAAUUUUGAUAUGUGUAUUUAUGAAUAGAACUAAAGUGUAAUGGCGUCUUGAUGUUGAGAUUCGGUUAACUAACAGAAGCCACGCCCCUCUAUCGUCAUCACACGUUUAAUCCCUUAAUAUGUAUAAUUGUACACAUGAAUUAUUUGUAGUUGUAGAAUGAUAUUAAAGUUGCUGGUAUACAAUACUAUACAGAAGUAACACGAGUCCUUUGCAGUACUUUAAUGGAGAUAGGAAUUUUGAAUUUUCCUGCCAUUUUUAUUGGGCUAUAUUAUGUGGAACGGUUUUUAAAUUAGAAGUAGCUUCGUAGGGGAUAGAAUAGGCGAGGUUUGAACGAGUUAACUACGGAGAUAUGGUGUAAGGAAGCUUUUGUCGAUUGGCAACAGUGGCAUUGUCGAAAAUAAUUGAGUAAUAUUAAUUUCAAUGACUGCAUUUUUUUUCUUAUAGAGGGAAACCUUUACAAGAUAUUAGCAACAAAGUUAAUUUUGGUUUUGUGUGUCUUCUGUGUAAUAUACAUAUAACUCUCCAAAAGAAAUUGAGCAUUAAAGUUUGUACCACGCAGUUUGAAGCCAUCAAUAGAUCAGUUUGUCCUCGGGCAAACUUUUCACAAGAUCUUAUAAUAGUCAAAUUUUCUUACCUUCAGAUGACGUUUUGAAAAUAGUAUGUCAAACUGUCAUAUCCCAUUCAUGUCAAUUUCAUGACAGCAACAAUGAAAUAUUUGAAACUAAACAUACGCUGUUUUAGACACAACAAAAGAUUGUUUGUCAUUUUACCUCUUCAAAGUAUUAUGCUCACUACCGCAUGAGUAAAAUGCUCAUCAAAAUUCACUCACAGCAAGACCUGACUAAUAUCAUCAAGACAUUUCUUGUUGGACUUACUUUGGUAAGAUGAAAAACGAUGCCUUAAAACCAUUAGUCAUCAGUGUUUGAAUUUUUUUGUCGAUGUGUAAGUUUAAAAAUAAGAAUUUCUUGAGGUAGCACUCAGUUUAUUUAAAUCAUCAUGAGUCACAUAUUUUACGGUGUACAUGUAUGUUAUUCUAAUCAUGUGUUCGAAUUAAUAUCAACUUUUUUCCCCAUUGACUGCUGUUUACUUCAGACAUAUGCCUAAUUAAUGUCAUUGUCAGAAAAUAUCACGGUGUUACACAGAUGCUUGCAACUUGUCACAAACAUACUUCUAAAUCUGUGACAUCAUAUUCUCCCACAGUGUAAUUCAUAAUGCAAGCCUAUCAGUUUAAGCUGUUGAUGCUUACUACGGGGCAGUGAAAGAUAUUCCAAAUUUGCAAUAAUGUUCUCCAAGUCAUAUUUAAUUUUUCCUUUCUCUCGUGUAAUAUGGGGUAUUACACUAUUUUGGAUCUCUGUUUGGUAAAGAUUUCAAAUAUUGUCGAGGGAAUUUGAAGUCUAAUGAAAUUAUUUUGAUGUUUUCAAACACCGACGUCGUUGCUACAGUGACUGACAUCACUUUACUGCAAUCUAACAAGUUCGGUUUCUCAGAAAUGUGAAUGGCCAACUCGAGCGAAAUGAUGGAACUACGAUUCGAGUAGGAGAUGUGAAGUAUGGACUAAUUUUGUGCGGUUGUACCUUUCAUGCAUAGUUAUUCCUCAACAAAUAAUUAUCCAUGGCAACUACCAGCGUCUAAACACAAAGGUGUCACUUGAUAGUUGUAUUUAUUUGUAAAGAAAGUAAUCAGUGAAUUAAUAAAUAUUGUAAACGUGGUGUCUGGCAGGAUAACCAGCGAAGUGUUGUGUGCAUGAAAAUGAAUUGCCGCAGGCUCGGUUUCAGUAUCUUAUUCUUUAGAGUCUAGUUGCAUGCAGCAAUUAUUUUUCGCAUUCUCAAGACGACUCUUCUCACGACUUUUCGAAACUGGAAACAAGGGAUAAAAUUAAACACCUCUAAUGACUUAAACCUGUUAGAAAAAUAUCCUUCGGAAUUAAACCUCUAAUUGGAAAGAAAAGGCCAUAUUAGGAUUCUAGUAAAAGAUCUGUUACGGGGGAAGUCAUUUGAAAUAGCUUUUUAACAGUAUGCGUAACAUCAAAAUCCCUUAUAUAGACGAUUACCCACAAUCCUUUGCACUUCUGCAUUUGUGUUGUAGCUUUGUUUUUGUUUUAUAGUUUAUUUCUUGUCCACAUGCAUGAUUAAAAAAAAUAUUUAUCUUCUGCUCGCGCAGAAUGUGACUUUAUAUUUUCGAUAAUGGUUUCAAAUCCGAGGCAAGAGCAGUUUAAGCGAUAUUAUUGUCAUGUUUAUUAUUGUAUUAAAUUGAUUAAAAUUAAUUCACAUGAGAAAUAAAUGACGCUUUGGGAAACUGCGUUUUA